GUGCACAUCAUCGAUUUACUGCCGAAGAACCAGAUUGGGGAUUUACGCGAUUUUAUGAUCUGAAAAAAUUAUUUGUCGCAACGACUCAUCGUCGUCGUCCACUAAUAGAAAAUUAUGAUGCCUGUAAUAUUACGGCCUUUGUUCGCAUUAUAAAGGACUCAACUGGUGUUCUAUGGCGUGACCUUACAAAUUAUGAUUCAAAAAAAGAAACAGGAUAUGUUGCUUUAAAAGAACAAGGAUCAACAAGUUAUUUAAAUGCUGAAUUACAAUUAUUAUAUAGCAUAAAAUAUUUUCGUAAGGCGAUAUAUCAAAUUUUUACAGAAGAAGAUGAACCAAACAAAAGUAUUCCUUUGGCUAUGCAAAGGAUUUUUUAUCAAUUACAAAUAUUGGAUACACCAGUUGAAACAACAGAAUUAACAAAAUCAUUUGGGUUGGAUUCGGUAGAUGAUUAUAUACAAUAUGAUGUACAAGAGUUUGAUAGAAUGUUAUUAGAUUGUUUAGAAAAUAAAAUGAAGAAUACAUAUGCAGAUGGUGCUAUUUCCAAACUGUUUGCAGGAGAGAUGAAGAAUUAUGUAAGAUGUAUCAACGUAGAUUAUGAGAGUUCAUGUAUAGAAGAUUACUAUGGUAAUAUUCAACUUGAAGUAAAAGGGUGCAAAACUUUAAAUGAUUCUUUUCUAAAAUAUAUUCGUGAAGAAUCUUGUGAAGGAAAUAAUAAAUACCAAACCGAAACAUAUGGUUUACAAAUAAAUGAUCGUUACGAAUAUCCUAUGGAAAUUGAUUUACAAGGAUAUUUAUCAUCAGAUAGUGAUAAGUCAAAAUCGUAUAAUUAUUUGCUUCAUGGAGUAAUUGUUCACGUUGGUGAUUUCCAUGGAGGCACUUAUUAUAUUUUUCUAAAACCAGAGAAGAAUGGCAAAUGGUUCAAAUUUAAUGAUGAAAAAAUUAUACCUGUAAUAGAUAAAGAAGUCCUUGAAAAUAAUUACGGAGGAAAAGAUCCUAAUGUUGAUAUAAAUGUAACUGCAUGUAGUUUGAUAUAUAUCCGUGAAUCCGAUAUCGACUUUGUAUUAUCUCCUAUACUUGAUGAAGAUAUACCAGAACAUUUGGAAAAAAGCUUUGAAGAAGAGAAAGCUUUACUUAAUCAGAAAGAAAAAGAAGCCGUAGAACGUCAUUUAUAUUUGCCUACUAAGGUCGUUACUCUAGAUACCUUUGAGUCUCAUCAAGGGUUUGAUCUCGCAAAUCUUGAUGAUCGACAAUAUCCAAUUUCUGAAGUUCUGCAGUUUAAUGUUUUAAAAAGUGAUACAUAUAAGGAUUUCAAAGCUAUGGUUGCUCAAAAAGUCGGGAUUCCAAUCGAGCAAAUAAGAUUUUGGCCUCUUAUAAACCGUCAAAAUAAAACUGUUAGACCAGAUGUUCCAAUAGCAGACGUCCUUCUUGGCAUGACUAUGGAAGAAAUUCACAAAAAAUUUAUGCCGUCAUCUAACGAACUGAAAUUUUUUUUGGAGGUGGCACAUAAACGAAUUAACAGCAAAGAAUGGUUCCCACCAUACGAAGAUAGUUCUGAUAUAUUAGUUUUCAUUAAGUACUUUGAUCCCGAUAAACAAUCUCUAAAAGGAGUAUGUUAUUUCUACGUUCAAAAAUAUGGCAAAGUUGGUGAUAUCAUUCCAAUUCUUUGCGAAAAAAAGAACUUUCCACCAGACACCCCCUUGAAAAUAUACGAAGAAAUAAAACCAAGCAUGAUUGAAGAAAUGAAACCCAAAUUGACUUUUCAUAUAUCUGAGAUACAACAUGGUGAUAUAAUUUGCUUUCAAAAAGCUUUAACAGAACAAAAAGCACAAGAAUAUUUUACUGCUGGUUAUUAUCGUAAUAUUCCUCAAUUCUAUGAGUCAUUAUCUCUGCGUAUUGUUGUUCGAUUUAAGCCAAGGCAUAAAGAUCGUGAACCAAAAUCUGAAUUUGAGUUAACUUUAAAUAAAAGAAAUACAUAUGAUGAAGUCGUUAAACAUGCUGCCGAUUUUUUAAACACUGAUCCUUUGAAAUUACAAUUUGGAACGGCAUAUCCAACAAACGGUACAUACAAAGCUGUACUUAAAAGGGUAGCCAACCAAACAUUGUCAGAGAUGCUUCAAACAGCCUAUCUACCUAGUCCACCAAAUCUUUUAUAUUAUGAGAUACUUGACGUUAAUAUUAUUGAAUUAGAAAAUAAUACGUUGUUCAAAAUAUAUUGGCUCGGAACAACUAUUAAGAAAGAGGAAGUGAUUGAUGUUCUUAUUCCAAAGAAUGGAACAAUUAAUGACAUUUCAAAAGUAAUUGUACAAAAACUAUCAUUGCCAAUUACUUGGAUUAGAUUGUAUGAUACUUGUAAUUUUAAAAUUCAAAAUGAAUAUAACUUUGAUGAUCCAAUAGAUAAAAUACAGGAAGUAACAUUAUACGCAGAGGAAAUACCACAAGAAGAAUUUGAAAUAUGUGGUGAUGAUAAAAUAAUUCAAGUUUUUCACUUUACUAAGGAGCCGUUUUGCGCGCAUGGAAUUCCAUUCAAAUUUGUUAUUAAAGCUGAUGAACCUUUCUCUCAGACAAAGUUACGUCUUCAAUUACGUUUAGGAAUGAAUGAAAAAGAUUUUUCAAAGGUUAAAAUUGCAAUUGUACAACCAGAAUCUUAUGAAGAUCCUGAGUAUAUAAGCAUAGAUGAUGAUGACUUUAUUCUAUCGAAUUACGAUUUUAUUGAUGAUGAGCUUCUAGGUCUUGACUAUCAGGAAACAAAAACAGGACGUGCGGGAAUAGUAGGGGGUGAAAAAGCGAUAUUUAUUAGAGGAUAA